AUGAGGACACCAGCUGAUCAGAGGGACAAGUCAAAGUGGUGCGAUUUCCACGCUGAUCACGGACACCGAACAGAAGAUUGCAUCGCACUGAAGUUAGAAGUGUCGCACUUACUAAAGCAAGGUCACCUGACUGACCUCCUUACCGACAAGGGACGUCAAACCUUGCAACAAGGCCAAGAUCGUCAACAAAGCAACACGGAUGUCACCCCGCCUAGACCACCGCAACCUGAUCGAACGGUGAACGUGAUAACUGGCGGAUCAGAAGUUAGUGGAAUCACUCACUCGGCAGCCAGGAGACACACCAGGCAGGCUGGACAUUUACAAGCUGAACAUGGCAAAGCCGAAAGAAACGCAACCAUCCAGCCGGCACAAACCAUCUCUUUCACCACAUCCGAAUCCACUUGGCUACUUAAUCCCUAUCAUGAUGCUUUAGUAAUUUCAAUUUGUAUUGCAAACUGUUUAACCAAGCGUGUACUAAUCGACAAUGGUAGUUUUGCCAAUGUCCUAUUUUUGUCUACUCUCAGGGAAAUGGGAAUCGACGAAACUAAGAUCAUAAGGAAGAUGACUAUUCUCGUUGGCUUCAGCGGAGAGCAAAAAAGCACGCUUGGUGAAAUUGAGCUACCCGUCUAUGCUGAAGGGGUCAACCUAUGCACACGGUUCCUAGUGGUGGAUUCUCCAUCCGCUUACAAUGUCAUUUUGGAUCGACCAUGGAUACAUGAGAUGAGGGAUGUACCGUCCACCUACCACCAAGUUCUGAGGUUCCCGACAAAGUGGGGAGUAAGGGAGAUUCGAGGAGACCAAAGGGAUUCCAGAUCGUGCUAUCAAACAACGAUGAAAGCAAAGCAAGCUGUCUUAUAG